UUUGAUUUUUUUUUAAAUUUUAAUAUAACAUUGUUUUAUCGAAGAUUUUUGUCUGUAAAACAAGUGAUAUAAGCCUACAUCGAGUCCACUCAUCAUGCUAUUUUUCAACAAGAUCUAGACGGGUUAUAUAUAUACAAACAUCCUUUUGUCAAAAUUUCAAGUUCAAAAUCGAUCCACCGAAACCACACGAGCAUUCGGCACAAAUCAACAUUAUAACCCAAAUGUUAUGAUAUCUAACCCUGCCUUGUGUUUAAUAAUAAUAUUUAUUCUCUGCGUCUAAUUAAAUCACAAAAGCAAAGAGAAACCUCUCCCGACUACUCGCGUCUCCACCGAUCAACAGAACAAUCUCAUGCAGUUCUCUAAUUGCAGGUUUACCGUGGGGUUGUUUCUCGCAGCUGGUAAAACAUAGCAUGCAGCGGCUGGAUGUGGACGUGGAGGAAGGAAGGAUUAGAAAGGAAUUGAGAAAGUUUUGAUGGGAAAUCAGAAUCAUCAGCAUCAGGUGGUGAAAGUGAGGAGAGAAACGAUUGAAGCAUGCAUGACAUGUCCUCUCUGCGAUAAGUUACUUAGAGAUGCCACUACCAUAUCUGAAUGUCUACAUACGUUCUGCAGGAAGUGUAUAUAUCAGAGGAUAUCAGAUGAAGGACUAGAUAGCUGCCCCAUAUGCAAUAUCAAUCUGGGUUGUAUUCCAUUGGAAAAAUUAAGGCCAGAUCACAAUUUGCAAGAUGUGAGGUCCAAGAUUUUCCCAUACAAAAGAAGAAAGGUAGAGGCACCUGAAGUUGUAGAGUCAGUUACAUUACCAGUUAUAAGAAGAAAGGAGAGGUCACUCUCAUCAUUGGUAGUCAGCACCCCUAAAGUUUCCACACAGACUACCACAACAGGAAGAAGAACAAAACCUUUUCCAAGAAAGGCUGCUGCUUUACGAGGUUCAGGUUUUUCAAUUGAGAAACCCAUUAAAAAGGAACAUGAUCGUGCUGAAGAUAGUCCAGAGAGUUCAAGUUCACCUGAAACUCCAAAAAAGUUCAAUCAGAAUACACGGCAGAAUUCUUCCUCUGCCGAACCUAGUCAACCUGCUCCUGAUGAUGAAGCAGAGAAUGGGGCCGAACCAAGGGAUGGGAAAUCAGAUCUCUGGCAACCUUUAAAUUUUUUGGUGGAAGUUGCAAACAGAACCAAGUCAUUCAAGUCUAUUCCACAAGUUAAUGAUGCUAAAUUAGAAUCACGACCUGUCCGUGACAAUGAACCUCAAGUGCAUAAAAUCAAAUUUAAGGAGAACAAAGACAAAUCAAAAGUAAAGGAUGAAAAGAAUAAUAUCGGUAAUGUCUCUGAAGGAACAGUGGAACCAAAAAGGUUGCGCAGGAUUCGUCGAAAAAAAGCAGCUUUUAAUGACGUUUCAGGCAUUUCAUCCCCAGCAAUGCUGCACACCGCUGCUGCAAAGCAAGAAAGAAGAAGUGGCCCUGUUUGGUUUUCACUAUUGGCUUCUGAAGAACAGGAAGGAGAUGCACCUUUGCCACAAAUUCCUUCUAGUUAUUUAAGGCUAAAGGAUGGAAAUGUACCUGUUUCUUUCAUCCAGAAGUACUUGGUGAAGAAGCUAGACCUCACUAGUGAAGUUGAGGUUGAGAUCAGAUGCAUGGGAAGACCAGUGAUCCCGACAUUACUAUUGUGUAAUUUAGUUGAUCAGUGGCUCCAGGCAGCACCAAAGCCAGAACAGGUACCAGUGUCUGCUGGUUCCUCGGCAAAGGAUUUUGUGAUGGUGCUGGCCUAUGCUCGAAAGGUCCCAAACCCAUAACAAUGCUCCUCUUCAAUAAUGUCCAUAUGAUUCUCUGAGCCCCAUGGCAACAAAGUGAGGUUUCUCCUAGGCUUUUACACCACGAGCAUGUCUCUCAUGACUAGUUCUUCCACGAUAUUUGCGGUGCCUUUGCUGUAACCACAACAGGCUGCUACAGGGAACAGGGGAUGGAAAGAAAUUCUUUGAUUCAUGGUUAUAUAAAUGCAAGGUAAUCCGCACAAUAGUGUGGCAUGACCUGCUGUUAGCCGACUGUGAUGAGGUGCAAGUUCACGGGUGUUCUUUCAGUUAUUGUAUGAUUAUAUACCACCUAGUGCAAAACUUACUGGGACCAUCCCCUUUUUCUUGUAUGCAUAUUGCACGAUUUACAUGCUAGAAGAUGUACUAUUUGCUCAAUAAGACUUUCGUUCCCAUCAUUUUCUGUGGUGAAAGUUGGAUCUGCCUCGUUGACUGCCCUCCACAAUAGAAGGUUUAAGAUUUGGUGCC